AUCUGACCAAUCAGCGCAACGAAUUCAAAUGUGUUCAGAGAUUCAAUUUGAUUUGGCCAUCGAUAUCGAUUGACAAUUUCAUUCAAUCAAGAGAACACGUUCUGGAAACAUUCGAAUAAACCCAAAUCAGAAGAACCAAUUGUUGGUAUCAUAAAAGCUACCUAGAUGGACCGCUGUUCAGCUUUUGAAGCAGAUAUAAAUGACUGCCUCAAAUCCUGCACUAGCUCCGCGAUGUCUUCCGGGCCAGUUCCAAGAUGGCAGAGGAAACUUGUAGGGCAAUCAAGGGGAGCCCCGUUAUCUCCUUUGAAUAUUUCAAGAAAUAAGAGUAUUUGUACCACAACUCCUGGAAAAGUAGCGCUUGGAAAUAUGUCGUCCAAGAAGAAGACACCUGGUAAAAAUACCUCAUUGAACAAAAGUGCUAAUACAUCCUGCUCUACGUAUGAUAGAUUCAUACCAAACAGGGCAUUAAUGGACAAUGACAAGAGUCACCAUAUGCUGAUGAAAGAUGAAGAGGAAGAUGAAAAUGUUGACAUGAAUGAUAAUGAUGGUUCAUCUAAAGAAUGGGCUGGAAGCUCUGCUGAAGCAAAUGCAAGGAUCUUAGCAAUGAGAUGCAAGGCACCUGCUGCAUCAGAUGGCUAUAUGAACAAAGUUCUGCACAGUCAAAGCAAACAGCCAAAGGCAAAAUGGAAGUCAAGCAGACAUAUUCCUGACACUCCAGAAAGGGUUCUAGACGCUCCAGAUAUCACCAAUGAUUACUAUCUUAACAUCCUUGACUGGGGAAGUAACAACUGUCUUGCUGUGGCUUUGAGCAGUGAGGUAUUCUUAUGGCAUGCACAAACUGGCAAAGUUGACAGACUGAUGCAAACCCAGGAUGAAGAACUUGUCACCAGUGUUAAGUGGAUUGGUGAAGGAAAUAUUCUUGCUGUUGGCCUAGACAAUGGCAAUGUUGAGAUUUGGGAUGCGGAGACUUGUCAGAGGAAAAGAUCAAUGACCGGUCAUGCCUCACGUGUUGGCUCUCUUAGUUGGAAUGAGUACAUACUGAGCAGUGGUUCUAGGAGUGGAGCAAUCCACCAGCAUGAUGUCCGUGUGGCUCGCCACAAUGUUGCCUGUUUGCUGGCGCACUCUCAAGAGAUCUGCGGCCUGGCUUGGGCACCUGGUGGCACCAAGCUUGCCAGUGGUGGAAACGACAACGUUCUGAACAUAUGGGAUGUUGGUGUACAAUCAAGCGGGGAAAUAACAACUCCUCUUUUUUCACUGGCAGAUCACUGUGCCGCCGUCAAAGCUGUUUCGUGGUGUCCUUGGCAACCGAAUGUCUUAGCAAGUGGUGGAGGAACAGCGGACAAGCAUAUUCGAUUGUGGAACGCCAAUACUGGCGUAUGCUUGCAUACUGUUGACACAAAUUCUCAGAUCAGUGGCAUCGUUUGGUCAGAUGAACAUAAGGAGUUUAUUUCCGGACAUGGUUUUUCUGAAAACCAGCUCACUAUAUGGAAGUACCCGAGUAUGAAUAAAGUCACACAAUUAACAGGCCAUACGUCACGUGUUUUGAAUUUAGCCCAGUCCCCUGACAAUGCGCUUGUUGCAUCUGCAAGCGCGGACCAGACUAUCAGGAUAUGGAAUUGCUUUGCUGCUGAGAAGAAGAGGAAGACGAAGGCCAAAGCAAAAAGUGAUGAAAUUAGGUUCAACAGUAUACGUUGAUGUGACUUGUCUCUAGUUAAUUGUAAAACUGUGCUUGCCCUACGCCGAGCAGAACAUCGCCAAACCUACCCUCAAAAUACUGCGAUGUCGAACAUUUGUCACAGCGACUAAUUCAUUAAAAGAAUAUGAACUCAAAGAACUUGGGAAUUUUAGCUUGCGUGCAGACUCGGAAAUUUAAAAGAGGAACGAGAGUAGAGUCUGUGCAACAGAGCCGCUUUUCUUGUUCGCUGACAUCAGCAUUUUAUUCUAAGCACUAGAACAACGACUCCAAUAGCGUGCAAUGUUUUUCUGUAAUUUUAGUUGUUUAAAAGAACAAACAGGCCUACUCUAUUAUCCUGAUACCAUUCAUUUAUACCUCUGCCCGUAGACGCCAAAUUGAAAACUGAAAAAAAACAAUUGAAAUUCCCCCAACAAAUCAAAUUCGGUUCCUUGAUUUUGAGGAACCUUUGAGCAAGAAAAUCGGCUCAGCUUCGCAGACUUCACUUUUUCUCUUAUUUUCAAUGUUGCCAACAGUCUGCACGCAGGCUAGGAGAUUUUGACUGUUUUCUAGACGUGUGGUGAAACUUAUUUGAAUUAUGUAGUAUGGAAGAACUUGAAUGUAAAAAGAACCUGAAUGUGUUAAUGUAAAUACGGGCAUUACUUUGGGUAAACUGUUUUUUAUCAUUAUAUUAAACGUUCAAAAAAGCAUUUUUAGGUUAUUGUAAGAUCUGUCCAACUGAAUGCA